AAAGGCAGAUCAAUGAAAGUAUCCUGUCCUUUUAAGUAGAAUAUUAACAGAUAACAUUAGUUGUCAUGGUAAAACUUGAGGUUGUUACAUACGUAAUCUAAUUAAUGGGGUUCCGUUGGCUGUAGCCAUAUAAAUUGGCAGGUCAUUGUGAAAUCAAAGCCAGAAGACCAUUAUACGUCUAGCUACACUGUAGCUCCCUAGGAUUACUUUUUUCUUUGGAUUCUAUUCUUUAAAACACUCCAGGAAACAUUUAUUGCCAUAAUGUGUACUGGGAGCUGCGCAAAAUGCUUGGGCAUUGCCCUAAUUCCCCUAGCUAUCCUAUGCAUUCUGGCUAACAUAUUGCUGUUUUUCCCCGGAGGAAAGGUUGCUGCUAACAAUGGACAUAUCUCAGAUGAAGUUUGGUAUUUUGGGGGAAUACUGGGUUCCGGAGUUUUGAUGGUCUUCCCAGCACUGGUGUUUCUUGGGCUGAAGAACAAUGACUGCUGUGGAUGUUGCGGGAAUGAAAAAUGUGGGCAGAGAUUUGCUAUGUUUUCUUCUAUGCUGUUUGCUGCCAUUGGGUUUGUUGGGGCUGGCUACAGCUUCAUCAUCUCUAUAGUUGGAAUACAAAAAGGCCCAAAAUGUGACAUCGGCAAUGGAAACUGGACAUAUGCUUUUGAUGGGGAAAACUACCUGGGGAACCCAUCUGUGUGGACUAAAUGUCAAGCACCCACUGACAUUGUGCCCUGGAAUCUGACACUUUUCAGCUUGCUUCUCAUAAUGAGCGCUGUCCAGGCUGUUCUCUGUGCUGUUCAAGUCAUCAAUGGUCUCAUCGGGACAUUCUGUGGGGACUGCAAGUGCUCCGGAUGUUGUGGGGGUGAUGGACCAGUGUAGCACCUGAUGUUCAUUACCUUCUAAGGGAGAUUCCCUGGUGGAUACCGCUAACGCAGGACGUUUAAGGAUGAAGGGUCUGGUCACAGCUCUGACUAAAUCGAUUAUCUUGUGUAUAUAACUCUUUAACAAAGUAACAUUUGAGGAACUCCUAGUAUCACCCACCUCUGCCACGCCCCCACACAUGGCUGACACAGUAUUUGUUAAUACACAUGGGUUUUAAAAUAUAUGUUUCCAUGCUUUAUAAUAUUUAUUAGCAUACGCAGCGGAAUAAGACUUCACUUUAGAUACAUCACUUUAUAUAUCAUGCCUUUCCGUAGACUGAUAUAAAUAUGAUUUAAUCACUGUCCACACUAAAUUGCACCUGUCCUUUAUUCAAGGUGCAGGCAGCCAUUUUGUGAGCAGAGCCAAUGUCCGUGAGGAAGCGGGACAUCAAAGCAAAGUAUUUCAAUGAUGUCAGUGUCUUGUAAGGAAUUUGGAGGCUGCAGUCUCAAGUAUGUUAGUUUAGCCCACAAAAUGACUGCCUCUACUGUAAAUACGUGGCUUGUUCACCCUGUGUUAUAAAUUAUAUAUAAUAUAUAAUAUACAUUACCCAGGUUAACAAAGUUUGCAUCUUUUUUUCAGUCUUACUCUUACAUUUGGGAACAAGUGUCUAUAUUAUAUUAUGGAUAUACUUCCCCUUUAAAAAGUCCCCUAAUGUUUGAAUAAUAUUUAUUUGUUUUUUUUUUAUAUAUCUAUAUAGUAUAUGAAGGUAGAGGCACUAACAAGCUACUUUUUUUCUCAAGGACAUUUAUGUAGGUUAGCCUAAAUUACCUGUUAAGUAUGAACUAUUUGCAGUGAUAAGAGAUGGUGUAAAAGACCAAUUUAUAAAUAAUGUCAUGUCAGUACACCACAUCCGAUAAGAGGCUGCCCCAGUUUGUUAUCACUUAUUUAUCUGAGAGGCAAUAAAGCGAAAUGUCAGAUUCUGA